AUGGGACAUCAUUAUCACCACCAUCACCAUCAUCACAAGAGAUAUGGGUGUUCGAAUUGUUGCAUUGCAUUGAAUGCUAUCUGUUUUAUAAUCUGUUUGAUUGCUGGAGCGGUCAUUGUAGCGGUUAUUCUCCGACCAUCGAUGGAGUAUACCGACGAGUGGACCAGACACAAUUGCACACUCAACUCGUUCUCAAUGGACCCAUCGUGUCAGUUAAAGUCGACGUGUCAAGAAUCAACCAACCAAGUAGUAUUCCCAUCAUAUUUCUACGAUAAUGGACGUCGUUUCCCCUACGAGUAUGAUACAAGUGACGAGCCAACAUCAUCGACCGACUCAACAAGCUAUGAUCCUCAUUCGUCAGACAAUACAUGUCCGGCAACAACACCAACACAAUGCUGGACGGGUACUAUUAAUUUCAGUUAUCAACCAACCGACAAGAACGAACCAGAAGUCGAUCUUUCACUAUAUGUCUUUGGCAACUACAAGAGUGCAUACUCUUUCACAAACCACUUUGAUGGUAUCUUUCACUGUUGGUCAGAUGUUGGAAACAACACUAGAGUAUCGGUACUCCCCAUUCCAAAAUAUUCACCUGGAGGUGCCAUUGCGACUGGCGUCCUUUUCUCAAUCUCCCUCCUCUGUCUCGUACUAUUGGUCAUCUUUAUUUCUAUUCGUUGUCUAUGUCGCAAGAAUCACGAAUAUCAACCAAUUUAUUCAAUCUCUUAA